UUUAUUCAAAUGAAACAAGCACACAUCUCGCGAAAGGGGUCUGAUACGACAGUUGGCUAAGGUUUUGGUUUCAUUUGAUGGUCGGCACAGCACGAACUAACAAUUGGGGCAGAGGAAAUUCUUUGAAUAUGUCUACUAACCAGGUUUCUAUUGAUACCCAGCCGAUACUCUACUCGUAUUGGCGUAGCUCGUGCUCCUGGCGGGUUCGCAUUGCGAUGAACCUGAAGGAAAUACCCUACGACAUCAAGCCAAUAAGUCUCAUCAAGUCGGGCGGAGAGCAGCACUGCAAUGAGUAUCGAGAAGUUAAUCCUAUGGAGCAGGUGCCGGCCCUACAAAUUGAUGGACAUACCCUGAUCGAAUCGGUGGCCAUUAUGCACUAUCUGGAGGAGACCCGUCCUCAGCGUCCACUUCUGCCGCAAGAUGUACACAAGCGGGCCAAAGUGCGCGAAAUAAUUGAGAUUAUUUGCUCUGGCAUCCAGCCGCUUCAAAAUCUCAUUGUGCUCAUCCACGUGGGUGAGGAAAAGAAGAAGGAAUGGGCACAGCAUUGGAUAACACGUGGUUUUCGUGCCGUCGAGAAGGCCCUCUCCACAUCGGCGGGCAAAUAUUGCGUGGGUGACGAGAUCUCAAUGGCGGACUGUUGCCUAGUGCCGCAGGUAUUCAAUGCCAGAAGAUUCCAUGUGGACUUGCGCCCAUAUCCCAUUAUAUUGCGAAUCGAUCGUGAGCUGGAGAGCAAUCCAGCAUUCCGAGCUGCUCAUCCUUCCAAUCAGCCGGACUGUCCACCGGAGCUGCCUAACAAAUAGAAUUUUCCGACGACAACUGCAAAGCGCCGCAAAACUAAAAAGUGAAUUGCAGUUUGUAACAUACAGACAUUUAUAGCAGGAAGAAACCCAACAAAGAGGCAAAAGAAUAGUGUUUGGAGCUGCAGAGUCAGCUGAUAAGGCGGAGAGAAACAGUCGGAUGUGAUUCAAAAAAUUGCUAACAGCAUUUAACUAUGCAUAAAUGCAUAAAAAUACUAUCGAUAAAAAUAUUAAAAUUUUUAAUUGGCAUGCAA